AUGGAUUUCCUUCCGAAUGAAUUGAUUUUGAAGAUCGCUGAGAGUCUUGAUUUCAAGGCUUUGCACCGUUUCAAGCAAACAUCAACACGAAUCAAUGGAAUCAUUAAAAUAAACGACAAGAAUCUCCCAAAAUAUAUCGAUUUGAUCACGAUUGAGGGCAAUCGACCGGAGAAAUCGUUCAUUACGAUGAAACAUUGUGAAUCAUUUCAACAAAUUCCGUUGAAUGAAUGUGAUGAGAAUUUCUUCGAAAACGCUGCCAUUCGAAAGAUCGUUUUUAGCAUUAAUGAUCUCUGGUUGAGGCUGUACCUCAAGAAUCGUUUCGAUCUCUUCGAAAAGAUAGGUAAAGGGAAAAUUUUCGAAUUAGACCAUCAACGCGGAGACGGGAUUUUGAUCUUUCAAACGAGUUGCCGAUUCAGUCAUCAUUCGACUUUUCUG